AUGAGCAACUUAAAGAAUACUAUUAAAAUUCUCUAUGGACUUGGUAAUCCUUCACCAAAUUAUGACAAAACUCUUCAUAGUAUAGGAAAGGUAUACAUUAAUCACUUAGCUAGGGUUUAUAAAGCAGAAUUCAAGCAGUCAAGAGGAAAAGGUUUUUUUGCAGCUUUUAACUUUGCAAAUCGAGGAGAGUAUGCUCUAAUUAGAAACUCUAAAGGAGAGCAAGUAGCUUUAUUCAAAUCUGACAGCUUUAUGAAUCUCAGUGGUGUUCCCUAUAAACAAUUUUUGAAAAAUUGUGAUACUAUUUAAUAUGCAAACCAAUACAUUGUCCAUGAUGACUUAGAGUCAAAGCCAGGAAAAUUCAAAAUAAAAAAUGGUGGAAGUCCAGAAGGCCAUAACGGAUUAAAAUCAAUAAUUGACAGCAUUGGAAGCAAAGAUUUUUAAAGGCUUAAAAUUGGAAUAGGAAGACCUGAUAGUAAAGAUCCUGAAGUUGUUGCAAAUUAUGUAACAUCAAAUAUAUCCUCAGAGGAAUACAGGCGUUACAAAGAAGAAAUAUUUCCUUAGAUAGAUGAAUUCUUAAAAAAAAAUAACAUAUUAUGA